GAAGGCGGAGAGGGGAGCAGGUGAUGUGGGAGCCGGCGGGGACAUUUGCCGGCGACACCGAGCGUGGGCCGGAAGUGGAGGAGCCGCGAGCGGCGCCGCAAGAGCUCCGGGCUAGACCGUGGCGACGGCGGCGGCCCCUCGGCUGGAGGAGGACGAUGAGGAGCGACGGAAGCGGCGCGGGGGGACGCUGCCGCGCGGCAACGGGUUCCGUGUCCGCGGCCCACUGCGCAGCCUGCGAGCAGGUCUAAGAUACUUACGGAGAGCUACAAUGGAAAAAUCCUGGAUGCUGUGGAACUUUGUUGAAAGAUGGCUAAUAGCUUUGGCUUCGUGGUCUUGGGCCCUUUGCCGUAUUUCUCUUUUACCUUUAAUAGUGACUUUUCAUCUGUAUGGAGGCAUUAUCUUACUUUUGUUAAUAUUCGUGUCAAUAGCAGGUAUUCUGUAUAAAUUCCAGGAUGUAUUGCUUUAUUUUCCGGAGCAGCCAUCUUCUUCACGCCUUUAUGUUCCCAUGCCCACUGGUAUUCCACAUGAAAACAUUUUCAUCAGAACCAAAGAUGGAGUGCGUCUGAACCUUAUUUUGAUAAGAUACACUGGAGACAAUUCGCCCUAUUCCCCGACUAUAAUUUAUUUUCAUGGGAAUGCAGGCAACAUAGGUCACAGGUUACCAAAUGCAUUGCUUAUGUUGGUUAACCUCAAAGUUAAUCUUUUGCUUGUUGAUUAUCGAGGAUACGGAAAAAGCGAAGGAGAAGCGAGUGAAGAGGGACUCUACCUGGAUUCUGAAGCUGUGCUAGAUUACGUGAUGACUAGACCUGACCUUGACAAAACAAAAAUUUUUCUUUUUGGCCGUUCCUUGGGAGGAGCGGUGGCUAUCCAUCUGGCUUCUGAAAAUUCACAUCGGAUUUCGGCCAUUAUGGUGGAGAACACGUUUUUAAGCAUACCGCAUAUGGCCAGCACUUUAUUUUCAUUCUUCCCAAUGCGUUACCUUCCUUUAUGGUGCUACAAAAACAAAUUCUUAUCCUACAGAAAAAUCGCUCAGUGCAGAAUGCCUUCUCUUUUCAUCUCUGGGCUCUCUGACCAGUUAAUUCCACCAGUAAUGAUGAAGCAACUCUAUGAACUGUCCCCGUCUCGGACUAAGAGAUUAGCCAUUUUUCCCGAUGGGACUCAUAAUGAUACGUGGCAGUGCCAGGGCUACUUUACUGCCCUGGAACACUUCAUCCGAGAAGCAAUAAAAAGCCGUUCUCCCGAAGACAUGGCACAGACCUCACCCAACGUCACGAUUAUAUGAUGCUCUUCUGUUUCAUUAACGCACUGUAUUUUAAUUUGCGCGGAACGAUAAAGAAUGUUCCUUUCUACAAGUGUGUUAUGUCUGUACUUGUCUGAAGAGUGACAUUAAACCCUGAAAGGACUUCAGUGCUCCUUUGAGACGAUCCAAAUAGUUUUUGACAUGUGAAGAACUGUAAUUCUUGGGAUUAUUUCAUAGUUUUCAUCAAACCUUUCAAUGUGGUCAUGUAUCCGUAUCUUUCGUUUAAUAUGCCAGUAUAAUAGCAUAUUGUAUUCAAACGUUUCUUGUUGCCAAAAUGGUGUGCUUCGCGUGGCACUUGGAUCCGUGGCUGGGUGUGGAAGGAGAUCUGCCAACGAGAAACCUUUGAGUAUUAUUCCUUUAGUAAGUACCAGGACAAUCAUGGCAAGCAAACUUAGUUCUGUAACUGCAUUCUUCACCUUAAAAGUUAAAAUGAAAUGCAUGAUGGUAUUUUAGUCCUUGAAUUAUGCAAUGCAUCGUUUUUACUGUAAAUAGCACUGGUCAUUGACCGAUGUAUACGGUAACCUGGGUUAUAUCUAUUUUGAUGUAAACUCUAUUUUGUUUUCGGCGAGAAGUGAAAUCGAGGCCUGUGUGCCGGCUGCCAUUGCAUUUUGCUCUGGUGAAUGCUGAGAUCCAGCUUUUUCUUACAAGUAAAUGGGACCCCAUUUUCCAAUAUAAAUGUACCGUGUUUUGUUAGGUACAGUCUGGAUCAUAGCAUGUAAAAAUAGAAAUUUAGAAUUUUACUGCAGCUUUGAUGUGCACAUUUGAACUUUUUAACAUUUGUAAUUUUGGUGGCAAAGAGAAUUUUAGCUUCUGUCGAUUUUGUAAGUCUACAGCUCAACCACUAAUAGCGAUCAUAAUGACAAUUAGAACUUGUUUAAGAAAUAAAUUGGCGAGGCUUAUCAUUACAUGAUUGUACAGACUAUUUUACAGAAAUUCCCACACUUGAGUUUUAAGUCCAGUAUCUAGAUAUAUCUAGCCCACAACAGCCAAGAUAUCAUUUAUUGGACUUUCUGAAAAUAAAAGUUACAAAAUCAAAAGCAAAAAACCUGUUCUUUGGUUUAAUGUUUCAGUUGUUCUUAUAUAGAGCAUUAAAAGACAGUUUCAGGAAGUUUUCUUUCUUUUUCUCCUCCACAUAGGAGUGUGGGAAUGAAGGAACUCAAGAAGUUUUUCUUACAGAACCUAUUACCACAUUUAACAAUUGCGUGGCUAGAAGUGAGAAGUAGUAUUUAGACUUAGAGAAGAGUAAGAAAAAAAAAAGAGCCCCGUAAAACUUGCAGAACAUACCUUAAAAAAUAUAAGCUAUGGGGUAUAAUUGUGCUACGUUGUUUCAGGCUGUCCUCAAAAAUUAGAUGUAAUUGAGCUCUGUACAUUAUGUCAGCUUUAACAUAGAAUAUUUUGAAUAUUUAGCUAUAUUUAUUGGCUUUGUGCAAGCGGCUAGAGCAGAGAAAUCAUGGGUCAAUAUUCUUGACCUUAAUUUUAGAAUCUUUCCAUGGAGAUAGGGCUAGAGAUACUUUUGCCAAAUAACAUUCUUAUUCACUUUAUGUCAGUAUUUAGAAAAAAAUUCUAGCAAGUAUGAUUUCCUGUUUUUCUAUAAAUUAUUGUUUAAAAGUCAUGCUUUAAAAAAAAAGUUGGUAAUGCAUAUCAUGGAAGGCGUAUUAUUAUGUAUAAAUUCACCACAAUUAAAGGAUACUUUUCAUCUUAUUGGU